GCAAAGGUUUUAGUCGAGAUGGAGCUUGAUAGAGAGUUCCCCAAGAUUAUUGCACUUGAUGAUAAACAAGGAAACAUAUUUCUUGUCAAUGUUGAAUACACGUGGAUUCCAUCUAUGUGCGAGAGGUGUGGAAAUCUUGGCCACAAAGCGAAGCGGUGUCUUUUGACUUCUAAGCCGGUACAUGAUACUACACUACAGGCACAAACAAAAGAAGAUAGUUGUGAUAUUCCUGUAGUAGAUAUUGAUGUUAUCCUACAAAAUGGGAAUGCAUCAACAACGCCAUCGCCACCUGUCCAUCCACAGGUCAAUGCUAACCUCGUCACCUCUACUGCAGCAUCUGAUACUCUUGUGAUUCAGAAUCAGAAUCUGAGCAAUGACUUAGAUGAUCAAGCGUUAAUUCUCCCCAGCCAGCAACCAGAUGUGGUGAAUGUUCAAGCCAUUACAUCGGGCCCCUCAGAUCAUUCCCACUUCCAACAUGAAACAGAAAACAGCCUAUUUGGAACUUCAUCACCUUCUUCUUCCCACUCUCAACAAGAGAAGUCUGCUACUCCACCUAAGUCGGUAAGCACUUUAUCCACAUUAGUAGAUUCCCAAUCUACUCCCACUGAUACACAGAUUAUGGAAAUGACAAUCAUGACUCUUCAAGCCAGUAAACUUUUCUUCGCUUAUAUCAACGCAGUUUCCCAAAUUUGA